UUGCAUGUAUACAGGCACCGAACUCGCUGAUGGCUCGGUAAACACUGACCCACUAUUUUCCCCACGUACGUCCAAUACAAUCAUCUGUGUGAAAUAUACUUAAAAUCAAUUACCUUGAGGAUUGAGAUCCUGCUUAAUCAAACCAGUAGAUUACAUAUAUAUAUUCAUUGAUCCACUGUGUUGGAUCAGUCAAGUGAAAAUGCAGUCGAAUCAUUUGUUUCUCGAAGAGCCAAUCAGGAUGGCUUCCAUUCUCGAGCCUUCUAAAGCUAGAUUUUCCGCGGCAAUGACAAAGAUCGUUGGGACAUUGGGCCCCAAGUCGCAACCCAUUGAGACUCUCUCAGCUUGUCUUGAAGCUGGAAUGUCUGUGGCUAGAUUUGAUUUUUCAUGGGGUGAUUCCGCUUAUCACCAAGUGACUUUGAACAAUUUGAAGACGGCUGUCAAGAGCACCAAGAAACUAUGUGCAGUUAUGCUAGAUACAGUGGGUCCUGAGCUGCAGGUUGUCAAUACAGUUGAAAAGUCCAUUUCACUCCAGGCAGAUGAUACGGUCAUCUUGACACCUUUUAAAGGUCAAGAUGCCACUCCCGAACUGCUGCCAAUUAACUUUGAUGGACUAGCUAAGGCUGUGAAGGUUGGGGACACCAUAUUUGUUGGCAAAUAUUUAUUCACGGGAAGUGAAACGACUUCUGUUUGGUUGGAGGUUAAAAGUGUGGAUAAUGAUGAUGUGGCUUGCACCGUAAAGAACACGGCAACAUUGACUGGGGCAUUGUUCACUCUUCAUGCCUGUCAAGUUCGUAUUGAAAUGCCUACCCUCUCUGAUAAAGAUAAGGAGGUUAUAAGCACAUGGGGAGCUCAAAACAAAAUCGACUUUCUAUCCCUUUCAUUUACACGACAUGCUGAAGAUGUUCGUGAAGCCCGUGAAUUUUUAUCCAAGCUCGGUGACCUAAAUCAAACACAAAUUUUUGCAAAAAUAGAAAAUCUGGAGGGUUUAACCCAUUUUGAUGAGAUCCUGCAAGAAGCAGACGGCAUCAUCUUUUCUCGCGGAAAUCUUGGCAUAGAUAUAUCCCCUGAGAAGGUGUUUUUAUUUCAAAAGGAAGCUCUUAACAAGUGUAACAUGGCCGGGAAGCCAGCAGUUGUAACUCGUGUAGUUGAUAGCAUGACCGACAAUCUAAGACCAACCCGUGCAGAAGCAACUGAUGUUGCUAAUGCUGUAUUGGAUGGAAGUGAUGCAAUUCUUCUUGGAGCUGAGACUCUUCGUGGACUGUACCCUGUUGAGACUGUCUCUACUGUUGGUAGAAUUUGUGCUGAGGCUGAGAAGGUUUUCAAUCAAGAGAUGCACUUCAAGAAGACUGUCAGAUUUGUUGGAGAACCAAUGUCACAUUUGGAAUCAAUUACUUCCUCUGCGGUGCGUGCAGCCAUCAAAGUGAAGGCAUCUGUUAUCAUAUGUUUCACUUCAACCGGAAAGGCUGCAAGAUUGAUUGCGAAAUAUAGACCAACAAUGCCAAUUCUAUCAGUUGUCAUACCACGGCUUAAAACAAAUCAAUUACGUUGGUGUUUUAGUGGUGCAUUUGAGGCUAGGCAAUCACUUGUCGUCAGGGGUCUCUUUCCCAUGCUUGCUGAUCCUCGACACCCUGCUGAAUCUCACACUGUAACAAAUGAGUCAGUCCUGAAGGUUGCGCUUGACCAUGGGAAGGCCUCUGGAGUAAUAAAAUCGCGUGAUCGAGUUGUCAUCUGCCAGAAACUUGGGGAUGCUUCAGUGGUUAAAAUUAUUGAGCUUGAAGACUAGACAAUCAUAUGAUCAUUAAUUGUAUGUACUUUCUCCUCUUGUUUCAGAAUAUUGAGGUAUAGUAUUCAGCAAAUAAUGGAGAGAUUCAUAACUUUAGAUCCACUAGACAAUGUCAGCACCGAUAUUUUCUAUUUCAUGAAUGGUAGUGAAUUAAGUUA